CUCAUAGAUUUUGUUAACUUGUGGCAUACUACAAUGUCUAAAAGACUACAGUUAAGCCACGAUGGACAUGACGAAUGUGAUGAAGACAUUAGACCUGAUACCAGACAAUUUAACCAUGGACAUGAAGAAAACAGUGAAGAGUUAGACAUGCUGUCUACCAGACAGUGCCAGAAAGAUGGCAUAAAUGAAAUUGAUGAGGUUACUAUCAAAAAGUCAGAAGCGCAAAAUACGAAAUCUUUACUGGGCAUGAUUGACACGUACGACAGAUCAGCGAGUGCCAAUGCAGAAGGAGGUUAUGCUGAACAAGGCUUUUAUGCAUCCGGUUUUGAAAACAAACCAGGAAAGAGGCUUCCCAAGGCUGGAUACCUUGCAGAAGCAGGAGUUGGACGAGCUCGUGCGGAAUACAGUAUAUUUGAGGCUGAAGCUAAAGGUCCAAGUGCCUCAUUUGAUGGAGAAGCCAAAAUUGGUAAACUCGGAGCAAUGGCUCGAGCUGAAAUCGCCAGUGCAUCAGCUAAAGCUGGUCCAAUUGGUGUGAAAGUGGGACUAGGCUUUGACACGGGUGCAUCUAUUGGUGUGGGUGGGGUGGAGGCCAAAAUCCUGGGAAUUGGAUUCUCAUUUGGUUCAAAGAUGGGAGUAUCCCUUCUGGGUUCAGAAGUGUCAUUUUCAUUCUUUUAGCCACAACAGGUAUUAAUUACCUUUGAAUAUUCAUGUAUAACCUUUUACUAUAAAUGUAUCCUAAAAAUCUCUGUCUCGGUUUUGACUGCUCACAUUAGAAAUCACCACUGAAGAAUCGUCUGCACAUUUAUUUGGUGCAGAUUUUCUUGACGCAACCUAGCACUGAUAUCCUGAAAACCAAUUUACAAUUACUUAUAUUUAACCCACUUACUGUAAUUAAUCAUUCAAAUUGUUCUCUGUUCUCUCUAAUGUGUGCUGUUAUCACAUUGUAAGUCUACUUUUCUAUAUUCCUGUCCUCAUUUAGGAACAUGUAAUCUGUCAAAAUGUCAACUCAAACUUGUGUAUCUAAUUUAGUUUUGUAUCUUAUAAUAUA